GAUGGCGUCCAGCAGAACCAAGUGUUAGCAGAGUGUCUUUGUUGUGUUUUUAAAGUGUGAACAUGUCUAGAGUCCAAAUGCUGAGAUCGUUGUUGAAGCAGCGACUAACUGCGGCUGCUGAAGAGAUAUUUGGGCUGUUUGAAAGAACGAUAGCAGAGUACGAGGAGGAACUUUGUCGAUCAAAAGAGGAGAACGAGCGACAACGGAAACUACUGGACGCUGUUUUCAACCCUCAGCUUCGGUUACACAGAGCAGACGUCCAGCAGCUGUUGGUGGUUAAAAAAGAGGUUCCCCCUGAGCAGCAGGAGUGGAGCUCCAGUGUGGACCAGGAGGACCCAGAGCCUCCACACAUUAAAGAGGACCAGGAGGACCCAGAGCCUCCACACAUUAAAGAGGAACAGGAGGAACUCUGGAUCAGUCAGGAGGGAGAGCAGUUUCAAGGGCUGGAGGAGGAUGAUAUCAUCAAGUUCACAUCCUCUCCUGUCCCUGUGAAGAGUGAAGAUGAUGAAGAGGAGAAACCUCAGUCCUCACAGCUUCAUCAAAGACACACUGAACAGAUGGAAACUGGAGCUGAUGGAGAGGACUGUGGAGGACCAGAACCAGCCAGGAACUCAGAUCCAGAUACACAUUUACAGCCUGAGACUGAUGACAAGACUGGAGAGUCUUCUGAACCUGAGACUGAUGUUAGUGAUGAUUGGACAGAGACUAGAGAAUAUCAUCCAGGUUUAAACUCUCUGAAAAAUGACGAAGUCCCUGUUCGUAACUGGAGAUGGAGUGCUGGUGCGAAACCAUUCAGCUGCUCUGAGUGUGGGAAAAGAUUCAGCUCAGGGCAACAUCUGAAGAGACACAUGAUGACUCAUACAGGAGAGAAACCGUUCAGCUGCUCGGUUUGUAAUAAAUCUUUUACAGAGAGCCGAAAUUUACACAAACACAUGAGAACUCAUGCAGGAGAGAAACCUUACAGCUGCUUUGUUUGUAACAAAUAUUUUACACAAGGUGGAAACUUACAGAAACACAUGAUAAUCCACACAGGAGAGAAACCUCUCAGUUGCAGUGUUUGUGAGCAAAGAUUCUCUUGGCCUGCACAGUUCAGAAACCAUCAGUGUGUUGGGUGUCAGUCCUCACAGCCUCAUCACAGUCAAACUGAGGAGAACAGAGAGGCAGAGCCUCCAGCCAGCAGCUCAGCUCAACAGAUGGAAACUGGAGCUGAUGGAGAGAACUGUGGAGGACCAGAACCAGCCAGGAACUCAGAUCCAGAUACACAUUUACAACCUGAGACUGUUGACAAGUAUGGAGACUGCUCUGAACCUGAGACUGAUGUCAGUGAUGAUUGGACAGAGAGCAGAGAAUAUCAUCCAGGUUUAAACUCUCUGAAAAAUGAUGAAGUCCCUGUUAGUGAUUUUAAAUGUAGUGCUGGUGAGAAACCAUUUAUCUGCUCAAAGUGUGGGAAAAGAUUUGACCGCAAGACACUUCUGAAGAGACACAUGACAACGCAUACAGGAGAAAAACGUUUUAGCUGCUCAGUUUGUGAGAAAUCAUUUAGACAGAGUGGACAUUUACACACACACAUGAAAACCCACACGGGAGAGAAACCAUUUAGCUGCUCCGAGUGUGGGAAAAGAUUUGGACGCAAGACAAUUCUGAAGCAACACAUAAGAUCUCAUAGAGGAGAGAAACCUUUCAGCUGCUCCAUUUGUAAGAACUCUUUUACACAGAGUGGCCAUUUACAGAAACACAUGACGAUCCACACAGGAAAUAAACCUUUUAACUGCUCUGAGUGCGGAAAAAUAUUUGGCACCAAGACAGAUCUGAAAAGGCACAUGAGAACUCAUACAGGAGAAAAACCAUUCGACUGUUCAGUGUGUGGUAGAACGUUCUCUCACAAGCAAACCUUAGUCCGCCACAUGAGAACACACACAGGAGAGAAACCUUUUAGCUGCUCAGUUUGUAACAAUGUUGUUACAGAGAGAGGAAAUGUACAGACACAAAUGUUAAUCCAAACGGGAGAGAAACCUGACAGCUGCUCGGUGUGUGUUAAAAGAUUCUCUCACAAGCAAACUUUAGUCCGACAUUUAAGAAUCCAUACCGGAGAGAAACCUUUCAAUUGCAGUGUUUGUGAACAAAAAUUCUCUUGGCCUACACAGCUCAAAAACCAUCAGUGUGUUGGUUGUCAGUCCUCACAGCCUCAUCACAGUCAAACUGAGGAGAACAGAGAGGCAGAGCCUCCAGCCAGCAGCUCAGCUCAACAGAUGUAAACAGACUCUGAUGGAGAGAACUGUGGA